CUCUGGUCCCCCGUGCCCCGUGAGCCGGGGGCAGGGGCCUGGGGGCAGUGCCGGUUCCCCUCGCUGGGCAGAGCGGGGGGGGGUCUCUCUCUCCCUGUCCCCGAGCAGCAGCAGCAGCAGCAGCGGCCAUGGACAAGCUGCCCCCCUCCAUGCGCAAGAGGCUCUACAGCCUGCCCCAGCAGAUCGGACCCAAGGCGUCGAUCAUGGACGAGGAGGAUGACAGCGACAAGGACACCCGCAGGAAAAGCAUCAGGCUCAAGCCACUGCCUUCGCCCUCUGCUGGGAGCACCCGGGCCCUCGGGGGCGACCCCGGCCGAGGGGGGGACCCCGGCCUGCUGGAGACGGAGGCCGGCGGCAAGGGCGCCAAGACCAGCACCAACGGGGACUGCCGCCGCUUCAAAGGGAGCCUGUCCUCGCUCACCAGCAGGCACCUCCACGACGCGGCCGAGGAGAAGCGGCUCAUCGGCGGUGAGGGGGAGCCGGCCUCUCCCGGGGAGGACAAGAGCCCCCCCGGCAGCGGGGAGCUGGAGCAGGGGCUGCCUGUGCCCCCAGCGCCCGCCUCCCCCCCGGAGCCCCAGCAGCCGCCCCCCCGGGCCUGCUCCUCGACCUCCAUCAAAGUGGAGGGAGGUGGAGGGUGCGACCAGAUCACCCCAGAUGAGGAGCAGAGGCUCGGCCAGGCCGGUUUCAUGCAGAGGCAGUUCGGGGCCAUGCUCCAGCCGGGGGUCAACAAAUUCUCCUUGAGGAUGUUUGGCAGCCAGAAGGCCGUGGAGAGGGAGCAGGAAAGAGUUAAAUCUGCCGGGUUCUGGAUCAUCCAUCCCUACAGCGACUUCAGGUUUUACUGGGAUCUGACCAUGCUGCUGCUGAUGGUAGGGAACCUGAUCAUCAUCCCUGUGGGCAUCACUUUCUUCAAGGAUGAAAACACCACCCCGUGGAUUGUCUUCAACGUGGUUUCGGACACGUUCUUCCUCAUCGACCUCGUCCUCAACUUCCGGACAGGCAUCGUGGUGGAGGACAACACCGAGAUCAUCCUGGACCCGCAGAGGAUCAAGAUGAAGUACCUGAAGAGCUGGUUUGUGGUGGAUUUUAUCUCCUCCAUCCCCGUGGACUACAUCUUCCUGAUCGUGGAGACGCGCAUCGACUCCGAGGUGUACAAGACGGCGCGGGCCCUGCGCAUUGUGCGCUUCACCAAGAUCCUGAGCCUGCUGCGCCUGCUGCGCCUCUCCCGCCUCAUCCGCUACAUCCACCAGUGGGAGGAGAUUUUCCACAUGACCUACGACCUGGCCAGCGCCGUGGUGAGGAUCGUCAACCUCAUCGGGAUGAUGCUGCUGCUGUGCCACUGGGACGGCUGCCUGCAGUUCCUGGUGCCCAUGCUGCAGGACUUCCCCGACGACUGCUGGGUGUCCCUCAACCGCAUGGUGAACGACUCCUGGGGGAAGCAGUACUCGUACGCCCUGUUCAAGGCCAUGAGCCACAUGCUGUGCAUCGGCUACGGGCAGCAGGCGCCGGUGGGGAUGUCGGACGUGUGGCUCACCAUGCUCAGCAUGAUCGUGGGGGCCACCUGCUACGCCAUGUUCAUCGGCCACGCCACCGCCCUCAUCCAGUCCCUGGAUUCCUCGCGCCGCCAGUACCAGGAGAAGUACAAACAGGUGGAGCAGUACAUGUCCUUCCACAAGCUGCCCGCCGACAUGCGGCAGCGCAUCCACGACUACUACGAGCACCGCUACCAGGGCAAGAUGUUCGAUGAGGAGAGCAUCCUGGGGGAGCUGAGCGAGCCCCUGCGCGAGGAAAUCAUCAACUUCAACUGCCGCAAGCUGGUGGCCUCCAUGCCCCUGUUUGCCAACGCAGACCCCAACUUUGUGACAUCCAUGCUGACCAAGCUGAAGUUCGAGGUGUUCCAGCCUGGGGACUACAUCAUCCGGGAGGGCACCAUCGGCAAGAAGAUGUACUUCAUCCAGCACGGCGUGGUCAGCGUCCUCACCAAGGGCAACAAGGAGACCAAGCUGGCCGAUGGCUCCUACUUCGGAGAGAUCUGCCUGCUGACCCGUGGCCGGCGCACGGCCAGCGUGCGCGCCGACACCUACUGCCGCCUCUACUCCCUGUCCGUGGACAACUUCAACGAGGUUCUGGAGGAGUACCCCAUGAUGAGGAGAGCCUUUGAGACCGUGGCUCUGGACAGGCUGGACAGGAUUGGCAAGAAGAACUCCAUCCUGCUGCACAAAGUGCAGCACGACCUCAACUCGGGGGUGUUCAACUACCAGGAGAACGAGAUCAUCCAGCAGAUCGUGCAGCACGACCGGGAGAUGGCUCACUGUGCCCACAACGUGCAGGCCGCUGCCGCCGCCGCCUCCACGCCCACGCCGGUCAUCUGGACGCCGCUGAUCCAGGCCCCGCUGCAGGCCGCCGCCGCCACCACCUCGGUGGCCAUCGCCCUGACCCACCACCCACGCCUGCCCACGGCCAUCUUCCGGCCGCCCGUGUCCGUGCUGGGCUCCCUGGGCCAGCAACCCAACCAGACCCCCAGGCAGCUGAAGAGAUUCCAGUCGCUCAUCCCGUCCGCUGGCCCCUCUGCAGUGGGCUCCCCAUCCAGCACCCCAUCCCAGCUGCACACGCCGGGCGCGGAGACGCCCUCGUCCUCGUCCUUCCACAUCCAGCAGCUCGCUGGCUUCUCGGCCGCCGCUGGCCUGGGCCAGUUCCAGGUGGGGUCCCCUCCGGGGGGCUCCGGCCAGCCGGGGCUGAGCAGCACCUCCUCGGCGGGGCUGAGCCAGUUCCAGAAUGCACCCUCUGGGUCACCCUUAGGCGCAGCCCAGCCCCUGCAGCAGCAGCAGCAGCAGCAGCAGCAGCAGCAGCAGCAGCAGCAGCAGCAGCAGCAGCAGCAGCAGCAGCAGCCAGCCCUCUCCAGCAGUGGAUUUGGGCACUUCCAGCAAGCCUCAGCCAGCUCCCCAUCAACAUCCCUCACCCAGCUCUCAUCAAACUCCCCCCCCAGUCUCCUGAACCAGUUCCAGCCCACCACGAGACCACUGCAGGGGGGACAGUCGCAGCAGCUCUCGGGCAGUGGGACCCUGGGGGGAUUGAACCACUUCCAAGCCCCUCCUUCUUCCAACUCUCCAUCCUCCAGCCUCAGCCAGCUGGCGCAGGCCUCGGGCGGGCCGUCCGCAGGCCUGUGCCAAACACAUCCAAGUGCUUUAGGAUCUCUGACUGGAACGAUAGCCCAGCUCCACCAAGAGCGGCCUCCCUUCGCCUCCGUGUCCCCGCUCCAGCAGCCCGGCAUCGCCUCUCCCUGUUACACCCCUUCUGGCCUUAGUCCUCCCAGUCAGAGCCCGGUGGCCACCAGAACUUUCCAGUGUGGCCCUGCCGGGGCCUCGGGCUCGCACGGCUCGCUGCUGCUGCCGCAGCCCGCCAGCCCUCCGGCCCAGCCGCUGCCGGCGCGCGGCGCGGUGCCGCCGGGGCGCCUCAACCAGGACAUCAAGCUGAUUUCUGCGUCCCAGCCCUCUCUGCCCCAAGAGCUGGCUCAGACGCUGGGCCGCCACAGCUCUCCUCAUUCCUCUAGAGAAUCUGUUUCCAGCUUCUCCCCUUUCCCCGGCGGCGGGAGCGGACUGCUGGGGAAGCCUUGUAGCUCCAUCCCCGGGCGGGUGACGCUGCCACGCCAGAUGUCCUCAGGUUCUCUGCCACACCCGCUGGCGUUGGGAGCCGGUGCCGCUCCCCUGACUGCGGGCGGGCGGAAAGAGUCCAUAGUGCUCACGGGGGAUCUGGAGCCCGUCAGGUCCAAACUGCCCUCCAAUUUGUGAGGACUCCUGCAGGAGAUGCUCGUGCCAGCUCUGCCCUUCAGUGACGAGUUCACCGAGCAAUUUUUUCCUUUCCUUCCCCCUGCGCCACUCCUGCUUUUUAUUUUUUUCUCCAUUUCUUUUGUUUAGGUUUAACUGUGCUUAGAAACAAAGAAAAAACACAUGAAAAACAACAGAAAAAAAAAAAAAGAAGAUAACCAGGUAUUCUUAGAGCUAUAGAUUUUUGGUCACUUGAUUUUAUAGAAUAUUUUAAUACACAGGAAAAAAAAGGAUACGAGCAAAUUUAAUCCAACGAGGUAACGCACAGCCGGGGCGUGGGCCUGAGCUGGAACACGUGAAUGAGCAGCCAUAGAAGCCACCAAAAAGGUUUUCCUGUUGAGACAAAGAUCCAAGGUUGAUGUGGGCCACAGAAGGGCCCGUGGGGUCAGGCAUGGAGCUGGUGUUUGUAGAGCAGCCCUGCUUGGCCUCGUCUUUGCCCCAGCUGUGACCCUGGGGCUGGGGACGUGGGUGGCCCAGCACACACUACAAGUGUCCCUGCCUCCCUGCCACGUGUCCCUCCCUCCCUGCCAGGUCACCUCCUGUGCUCAGCGGGUCACAGAGGAGCCAGGAAGGGACGAGUUCACUCUUGUAGACCCCUUGAGGGAUUUCCCAAGGGCUGAGGUUUGGGUUGGACUCCAGCUGAGGAAGAUGAAGGUGACCAGCAGAUGGAUGGGCCUCGCUGCAGAUUGUCCUUUUCUAACUCCACUGAUACUCCAGUGGGAACAAGGAGCAAUCCCCUGUAAGGCACAGGGAGGGCAGGGAUGAUCCCUCUGAUGAUCCCUCUGCAUGUGGGCAGAGGGAGAAGCCCUGGCUCUGCCAGCACAGCAGGCAGAAGGCCCCAAGCUUCAGCCUCUCCGUGGAGUGUGCAAACCACAGGAGGGAUGAAGGAAGAGGCAGCGCUUUAAUGUCCCCUCUGUCACUUCAGUGUCUCAGUGUCCGUGAGUGACUGCUCUGAGGAGAACUAGAAAGGAGUGAGCAGUGGGGUGCAGUCCCCAGCCCUCCUCCUCCUUAGCCCAGGGCAGUGUGAGGCACCAGAACAGUUCCAAGAUUUACAACUCCGUUUUUACCAUUAAAACCAGAUCAGCCCAGAAAUUUGGCCGGCCUUGGUCUGUGCUUGUCCCCUGCUGGGGGAACCGAAAUCCUUUGUUUGAUUUCACCAGCAAUAAGAGCCUGCACCUGGUGGGCUUCCCCUGACACCCGGGGCACCUGGGGCCGGGCUUUGGGCCCCCCGCCUGGGGGCACUGGCAGUGGGGUGGGGACAGAACGGGGCCAGCAGCACUGAGAAGCCACAGCCUUUACCUCCAGGGCAGACGUCUCCUUUUGUGUCACUUCUUCCUUCCUCUCUCUCUCUGUCUGGGGUUUUCUUAGGCCAAGGGGUGUCUGUGGCCACCUCACUGUCCGAGUCAGGUGCUCAACUUUUCUAACACUCCUUAGAGACACAUCCAGCCUCCCUCUGUCCCCAGCCCUCAAGGGGACACAGGACUCCAUGCAGCAGUGCCAAAAACUUCCCCACCCCAGUCCCUGAGCCCCUCCAGCUCCCCGUGCCCUGCCCCAAACCCUGGCUGACAGUUUUUAUACCGACUUGUCUGCAGAACUCUCUGCCACGUGCCUGCACCUUGAAUGUUGCAUUCCUGGGCACUCCUGCUUCACCCUGCUUUGGUGGCUCCGAAUUCAGAUGUGAUCAGCUUUGGUCUUCCUUAAAGGGUCAGGGGAACUCUGGAAAUGCUUUUUCUACUGGCUCCAUACAGCUCUGUCUGUGUGAGUGUGGUGGGAGGGUGAGCGUGUGUGUGUGUGUGUGUGUGUUUGUAUAGAUUUUAUAGAUGUAUCUAUAUCUACACACCUGCUUUUCUAUCUGUAGGGUAGUCACACACAUCUGUAGUCUAUUUAUGCACAUGUGUCAGCACACACACACACACAUAUUUAUAUAUAUAUAUGUAUAUCCUAGUUUUAAAAUACGUGUCAGUUCUGACCCUCCUGCAGGGCUGAUUGGCAGGUGACAAUUAUAACCUCUAGAUCCUGCUUUUCCAAAUAUGUACAGGUUCAUCUUGAAACAGGAAUUGAAGCAGACUCACAGACCCUCUCAUGUUGUCAGAGGUAGAAGGAAGAUUCACAAUAUCCUUUUCAGUUUUUUGGGUUUUUAGCAACCCCUGUGUGCCAGAGGGCCCCUGGCUGAGCACCUGGAGAGUCUGGGGGCUCCGUGUGGGGCUGGGCUGGGCAGGCAGGGGGGAAAGGUCUCCAGCCCUCCUGUGGCUGCUGCACUGGCCCCGAGUCCUGGCCACCCUGGGGACCCUCAGGGGACACCCAGGGCUGGCACUGCCCCCUCCUCACUGCAGGACAUCCUCCUUGGCUUUGCUUCCCUCGGGGAUCUUCUUUGGGUUUCCAGCUCUCAGCACUGCAGUAGCCAACUUUGAGUUAUUCUGACUGGAGCCCAGUCAACAAUAGGCUUGUCUCAGUAGGUGGAACUAUAUUUAUUACUACUAUUAUUAUUAUUAUUAUUAUUAUUAUUAUUAUUAUUAUUAUUUGGUUU